AUGAAGGCCCAACCUGCCCAAGGCCUGCAAUCGGAUCACCUGAGGCUCGAAUAUAUGCGCUGUCUUCUGUCCAAUGGUCUGUUACAAUACUUCAAUCUGGUGGAGGGAUGUCUCUCGCUAAUCAGUGCCUAUGAGUCUCGCCACCACUGCACCUAUGACUGGAUCAUCCGUACCCGCGUAGACGGCUUCUGGAGUGGCCCGCUCGACCCAUCCACCUUCCAACCGGCAACCUACGUUGUCCCGCCCGGCUCUCGGUUCGGCGGCUUAAACGACCGGUUCGGCUCCGGCAACCGUUUGGCCUCCAUCGCCGCUCUCUCCCGCCUCUCUCUCAUUCCCCGCCUCGAUGCCUUCGGUUACCAUAACCUAAACUCUGAAUCAGCUUUCAAGGCACAACUAAACAUCUCCAAUUUACAGGUGCAGGAAAUUCCAUUACCCUUCUGUGUUCUCAGUGACCGCCGAUACGAUUUUCCUCCUGGAAGGCACGGCGUGCCAGUGGCGUCGAUGGGGAGCGUCGGUCCGUUGAAUGGAGCCAAGUGUCGGCCAUGCACUGUGGUGUGCGAAGGGGACUGUGCUGCAAAGAUUGUGAGCGGGAUGGUUGAUGGGCGGAGUUGGAUGGAGUGGAUGGAAUGGAGGAAGGAGGGUUUGGAGCUGUGUAAUGCGACUGCUGGGUGGGAGGAGGGGUGGGAGGACGUAUUUGAUAGGGCAGCGGGGGAGGAGGCGGCGACUGAGAGGCGGAGGGUAGCAGCGGUGGAAAGGAAUGUGUGUGAUGAGGAAUUUGAGAAGAUGAGGCAACGGACGGAGAGUUGGGAUGCACCUCCAGGCGAGGAGAUAUGCCGAUUGGGAUUGAGGAAAAAGUAAGUCAGGGAGAAUGCCCUUCAAAAGGGAUAAUUUAAAUUUAGGAGGAAAGAAAGAAGGAUAGAU